AUUUAAGAUAGUAAUCGGUGACUGAGAAUUGUAAAAAAAAUGGGUUUAUAGUCCGCAUCCUUUCAUAGUAAACGCUAAACAGCUUCAGUUCGGAAUAAGAAAGAAAGCUCUUGACCUUUUCUCCGAUUUUAGCACCAGUAGAAGGGAAGAAAAAGAUGUCUGAAGAUGAUAACUCAGAGGUGCCCUUCAAGGAAGAAGAGGAAGAGGAGGAGGAAGAGGUCCUUCCUAAGAAGAAACGUGGCGGCCGAAGCGUUCCUUAGUGAGCGCCGAAGAGACGGGCUCCGAGGUGGCAGAGAUGGCCGAGGCAGAUGGCAAGCCCCCCACCAGGAAACGCGGUAGGAAGAAGAAAACCCUCUACUUUGAUAAUGAUUCAGGAAGUGACGAUGAAGUGAUCCAUCAGAUUGGCACAAAGAUAAAGAAGAAACGCGGGCGGCAAAAGGGACAUACUCUGAACAGUGGGACUUGGAUAGCAAAGAAACCCCUGGGACGGCCUAGGGUCUCCUAUGCGAGCAGCACGAGGGGGAAGAAGAACCCCAGUGAACUUAUCUGUGAACUGGGACAGGUUUUCUAUAACCUUGGAUGGGUUAGCGGGACAGGAGGAGGCAUCAGCAUAAAGCAAGAGGAGAAAAUUUUUGUGGCUCCCUCCGGUGUCCAGAAGGAACGUUUAAAGCCAGAGGAUUUGUUUGUCCUCAAUGCAGCGGGUGAGGAAUUGGAAGUUCCGGCAGAUAAGCAGCUAAGGAAGAGCCAGUGCACCCCACUUUUUAUGCUGGCUUACCGAAUGCGAGGAGCUGGGGCCGUCAUACACAGUCACUCAAAGGCAGCAGUGAUGGCGACACUAGCCUAUGCUGGGUCAGAGUUCAAGGUCACCCAUUUGGAAAUGAUUAAAGGUAUUAAGUGUGCCUCAGAAGACAGGCAGAUGAGGUAUGAUGAGGAGGUGGUCGUGCCCAUUAUUGACAACACACCUUUUGAAGCAGAUUUGGCAGAUAGUAUGGCACAGGCAUUGGAGCUUUACCCUGAUACAAAUGCUGUGUUGGUUAGACGACAUGGUGUUUAUGUGUGGGGUGAUACAUGGGAAAAGGCCAAGACCAUGGCUGAAUGCUAUGAUUAUUUGUUUGAUAUAGCAGUUCAGAUGACCAAGUUUGGACUCGACCCUUCAAAGCCAGCAGAAGAUGAAGCCAAAACAGAGCAAGUGAAUGGGAAAUGAAGACAAGUAGAAAAGGAAGUUCUUUUAGCACAAGGCAAAAGGGGAAAAGAAUAAUAAGGCCAGUGGAAUUAUUCACACUGGUUUUUUUUGGCCACAUUGCCUCGUCUGCUCAAGAAAGGAGUUUUAUUUCUAAAUCUUAAAAUAGAAAAGACUUUUUAAACAUGAAAAACUUCCCCCACUAGAUAAUGAUUUUAAAUGCCAUAUUUUCUUCAUAUGGGAAUAACUUUGUUGUAUCUUUUUAUCAUAAGAUUUGCUUACUCACUAUGGCCACUCCCUGCAAAAAGAAAUGCAAUAAAAAAUCCAAAAAUGGAAAAAAAUGAAUUCCAGUGGUUUCUUUUUUAUAAACUUUGUAAAAAUGAAAUUAUUGAAACCAUAUUGCUCAAGUUUUGCAGAUGUAAAUAUUACAAAACAAUUGGUUAAUUGGACAAGCCAUUACUUUUUACUUCGGUGCCUAAGCACCUUUUACUUUUUCCUUUGUCCUUCUUUCUUUAUUUAGAUUCUUUUAAGAGCUUGCAUCUAGAUUUUAAAACAUUUAUCUAUUUAUUUAUAUUCUUAAUGAAAAACAAAAGUCUAUAAGACUUGCAAGAGUAUUUCUUACUUUAAGUUUACCUUUACAUAAAGAUGUAUUGUUAUUAAUCAUAUAUUCCUUAAAGAGUGAUAAGGUGUAAAGUCAUUAUCAUCACCAUGAAGAAAAUUAGGAUUAAGAAGCAGUGAAAAAAGAGAAUGGAGGAAGCUGUCCACCAUCAAAAGAGUACAAACAAAUGAAAACAUACCUGUAUUUCUUUUUUUUCUAUUCCUAUUCUAGCAUGUAAUUGUGAGUUAGUUCAAACAUUUAGCAUGUAGGAAAUCAAAUCAGAAUACACUUUUAAACAAAUGAGGGUGAAGUUUGCUGUAACUUUUUAUAUAAUGCAAAUUUCUUUGUUUAAGACUGAAGGUAUUUGCCAAGAUGAAAUGUAACACUUCAGUUGAAUGCAAUAACUGAAUUUAAAUGUAUCAAAUGCAGCUACUGUAAUAAAUCUGUAUGACUCUGUUAAGUUAAAAAUCCUCUCUUGAAUACAGAACGAGCUUACCCUUACAGAACACAAUAUUGAUACUAUUUUUAUUUGGUAAAUUAUCAUGGAAUAAAUUUUUGUUCUCUGAA